UACGCUAUCUUUAUUCUACGGAUUUCCCUUAAUACUUCCCUCUAUUCCUUAGCUAUUCCCUUUAAAUCAAUUAAAAAACUAAACAUAAUUUCAGCUUCCGUCCAUUUAUCUCGUUAUUCUGAUCGCCUUUCUUUUUUACUUAUUCCAAUGCAAAAUAACAAUUUUGGUUUUAAAACAACAAUUUCUGUCCUUUUUAAAAGUGAAAAGGAAUCAGGUUUAAUUUUAUUUGGAGUAUUUUCUCCACCAAUUCCAACAACAAAUGGGCAACAAAAAGUUUUAUUAAAUGGAGGGGGAAGUCUUGGAAGAAUUCAAGUACAUUUUAUUGAUAAUAAAGUUUUUGGUUCACAAUGUUUACUUUUGGCUGAUGGAAGUGAAAAAUGUUCUUCUUGUCUUGUUAAAUUAAAUAAAGCUUUUGGUUCUCACGAUCAGUGGACAAGAAUUUCACUUUUUCAUCAAUUAGGCAAUAAUUUUAUGUCAGUUAAUGAUUUAGUCUGUUUAUUAUCUCCAAAUUCGGCAGUUGUAGAUUCUUCAGAAUUAUAUAGAAUUACUGCAAAAAAUUUUCUCUUUGUUGGCGGCACUUUUUAUGCAAAAAAUAUUUUAUUAAAUAAAAUUGUAUCAGAACGAUUUAAAAAAGAUUUUCAAGACAAUACAAAAGAAAAAGCUCCUUCUUUGGAGGGCUGUAUUGCUGAAAUUUUAAUUAAUGGAAAUAAAUUAAAUAUUCCUCAAUUAAUUAAUGAACAAAAAGAAAGAGCAGCUAUUAAUAAAGAGAAUUUAAAUAAUAUUUUUUCUAUUAAAUUGGGUAAUUGUGGAAAUUGUCCAAUUGAAUGUGAAGGAGCGCCUUGUUCUCGUCAUUCUGAUCUACCUGUUUGUCAAUGUUCUAAAAUCUUUUCUCCUUCGGACAAAGAAAUUGGUGGAAAUUGUUUGAUAAAUAAAACAACAGAGCAAUUUAAAAAUAAAUAUUUACUUGAAAUUCCUUCUUCGCAAACUUCUAAUUCAAUUAAAAUUCCAAUACAAACACCUUCUUUAAUAGCCAAUGGACGUCCUAGAAUAGCAAAAUUAAAUAAAAUUUGGAUUUUAUUUAAAUUACCAGAAAAUAAAUUAAAUAAAGAAUUAUUUUUAAAAAUUGGAAGGUAAAUGGGGGAAGGGGAGGGGGGAUGUGAGGGAAUAAAGGGGAGAGGGAGAGGGGGAAUAAAGGGGAGGGGAUGGGGAUAAAAAGGAGGGAGAAGGGGGGGGGGGGGUGAAUUGAAAGGGAAGGAUGGGAGGGGAAGGGAAGGGAACUGAUAACCAAAUUAAAUAUUUACAAUUAGAAGAAUUACCUAUUGAAAGGGAGGGAGGGAAGGAGAGGGGGGGGAUAAAGGGAAGGUGGGGGAGAUGGGGGGAUAAAGGGAAUGGGAGGGGAUAAAGGGGAGGGAGGGAGAGAGGGGAAUAAAGGGGAGGGAGGGCGAAUUU